AUGAACACUGCUUCAAAAACCCGAAAGCCCCAAAUUAAUAAUUUUACCUCAAUUUUGGACCAGAUCCUAAAAAAAUAUAACUUGUCCGCCGAAUCUAAUCCAUCACAAUUAAGUAUCUAUGCUAGUGAACUCGGUGCUAUGUUACCAGAUUGGAAAGCUCGUAAAAAUGUGAAAGAAGCUCUUCGCCGACGUCAAUUUAAAGAAGAACAGAUCAAGGCUCUUGUACCGGAUAAAAGGAAUGAAAAACUUACUAUUAGGGAAAGAGUUCAAUAUUGCGCUAAAAGUGGUGAUCCGUAUGAUAUUUACUUACAUGCUUUAGAUUUAGUCAAGACAAAAAAUGAUAGUGAUGAAGAAAUUGUUGCAUCCAGCUCACGUCUUUCGCUUUUCCGUAAGGAAUUGAAAGAAUCUGGAGUUGAUUCUAAAGUAAUUGAUAUAUAUGCUAAAUUUCCAGCACUUACUCAAGAUUCUAACGAAGUUCAGAAGAAGCAACUUCCUAAGAAUAACGAUCUUUCAAAUAAAGUGCACUAUGAUCCUUUUGAAGUCCAACUCGCGGAAAUAGAUUCGAUGUUAGCAGAAAUGCAAACUAUAACCAAAUGUCCGGUUAAAAAUUGUGGUGCGGAUAUCGAAAGCAUAGAAAAGUCACCGCAAAUGCGAGAACCAUCUCGAAGAAGUAUGAGCAUAGAUAAAUCAGGCCCUUUACCAAAGAAAAAGCAAUAUGUAGUUCCAGAAAUGAGUCACCUUUUCCCCAAUGAAGAUGUACCUAUGCAAGCCAAUGGUUCAGUAAAUAUUCUUGAGGUGGUGAAGUCCGUUGUACGAACUUUUGACAAGAAUACUAUUGCACAGGGAUCUUUCCGCUCUUACAAAAGUUCGAAUCAUUUAUGCAUAGAUUCUAAGAAACGUGCAAAAGUUCCUAGGGAGAGCGUCUAUGACGCAGAGAUGUACCGAAUCUUGCAUAAUUGGCUUGUAAAGGUACAUGGUUUUGAAAUAACUGGACAAUGGCAUCUAGAGAGUAUAUGUGCGGAUGGUGAUUUCCAUCAUUUUUAUUGCGACCUCACUAUAAAGAAACAUGAUGCCACUAAUCCUGUGGCUAUAUUAGAGUUAUUGGCAACAGUAUCCCAACCAAAAUUAGAUAAUCAUUUUGAACAGGUAUUUAAGUAUGCCGAGCAACUUUGCCCUCUGGAAGUUUGGAUCGUGCAUUUUUCUCGCGAGGAUGCUGUUGUAACGGAUCCAUAUUGGCCUUGCAAUGAACUUCAGGAUAAGGGGCUUAAUGUUAUCCAUUUAUGGCACAACAAAGAAUUUACAAAUGUCCGAAUGAGUUCCAGAUCACUAGAUGCAAUUGGAUUAUGUCCAUGCAUUCCAUACAUUAUUAAAGUCAAUAGAAGAAUUUAUUUACCGAAUUUAACUGAAAGUGUUCCUUCCAUUAAGAGACCUGAAUCAUUGACAUCCAAAGUUUGGAAUGCUGUAAAAGCGGAUAUUAUUCCCGAUGAAAAGAAAUUCUUAGGUGUAACUCCUUGUAAAUUGAAAAAUCCUGUAUCUCUGGAUCAAUUUAAAUUACGUUACUCUAAGGAAUUUUCUGAGUUUAUAAAAGAAUAUAACAGAUAUCCACCUGAUAUUGAAUUUAGAAUUAGAACAUACGAGGAAUAUUAUAUUCCAUAUGAUUGGAUAGGUUCCAAGAAAAACCAAUUACACGAUAGAUUGCAAAACUAUGUUAUAGAAUUAUUACGUCAACGAGGCUAUAGAGUAGUUCAUGGAAAUUCUUGGUAUGUUAUGGUAAAAUGGAUCGAGAAUCCAGAUUGUUAUGCUAACAAGACAUAUCCGAAUAUUGUUAGAAUAUAA